UAAUCCUCUUUCCUUCAGUGAUACUGACUCCAACAUGGAGUACGCGUGGGAUGAAGAUAUCUUUCUUGAUCUAUCCGUGGAGGAAUUUCAAUUUAGUGACAGAGGGGAGGAUUAUGUCCGGGAUCCCAGUCGCAUCAAGAUCAGUAAAACCAUCAAUUCAUGCCCAGUCCAACCCUCCCAAGAAUGUUGUGCAAGGGGCUACAAUGAUAGUGGUAGAAAGCUCAGUAUGUACUACGGCACCACCAGGGAGAAUGCUCAAUCCAUCCUGGCCAACGGUUUUCGCCAGUCUGCAGACGGGAUGCUCGGCCGUGGCAUCUACCUCAGCACAGAGCUGAAAAAAGCUAAACGCUAUCCCAUUGGUCACCCUGAGUCUGACAAGGUUGUCAUUCAGGUUAAGGUCAAUGUGGGGAAAGUGAUCUCAAUCAAAUAUCAAGGCCACCCUCAUCAGAAAAACUGGCAUGACUCCAGAUAUGGCCUGGUGUAUGACACCGCCUGGGUGCCACCUAGGUGUGGAAUCUUGAAGAGUGGUUCAGAGGACAGUUGCGUCUGGGAUCCCAGUCGAAUCCAGAUCAUUAAAAUCAUUGAUCCACGCCCAGUCCAGCCCUCUGAUGAAGGUGGUGCAUGGACCUUAAUGGCAAACCAGUUCGACAUCAUGUACAAUGGCACCACCAGGGCAAAUGCUCGAUCCAUCCUGGCCAAUGGUUUUCGCCAGUCGGAAGAUGGGAUGUUCGGCCGGGGCGUCUACCUCUACAGAGACCAGGAGGAUGCUAGACGCUUUCCAGUUGGUCACCUCAACUUGGGUAAUGUGAUCAUCAUCGGUCAUCAACACCAUCCACGUCAGAAGACUUGGCAUGACCCCAGAUAUGGUCCAGUGUAUGACACUGCCUCAGUACCUGGUGGUUCAGAGGUUUGUGUCUGGGAUCCCAGUAAAAUCACCAUUUACCUGCCUUUGCUGCCACCUGAGAAGCUGCAGCAAAACAACAUUUUUUUCUUCUGUACCUCCGGGCUCCGUACACCCGGGAGAGUUGAGCCUGAUAGGAGUGACACUGACACCAACAUGAUGUACGCGUGGGCUGAAGAUGACUUUGAUGUGCCUGAUGGGGUGGGUCGACUGGGCCUCUCUGAGCCCAUUAAUAACAGGAAGUACAUCAUGUACCAUGGCACCACCAAGAGGAAUGCUGAAUUGAUUCUGGCCAGUGGUUGUUUUCAUCAGUCUGCAGACGGGAUGCUCGGCCCCGGUGUCUACCUCAGCAGAGACCUGGAGAAAGCUAGCCGCUAUCCCAUUGACCACCCUGAGUAUGACAGGAUUGUCAUUAAGGUUGUGGUCAAUGUGGGGAAAGUCAUCGCCAUCAAUUAUCAAGGCCACCCUUGUCAGAAGACCUGGCACAACUUUGGAUAUGACACCGCGUGGGUGCCACCCAAGUGUGGAAUGGUGAAGAGUGGUUUGGAGGAGGAUUGUGUCUGGGAUCCCAGUCGCAUCAAGAUCCUUAAAACCAUCAGACCACGGCCAACCCAACCCUCAGGUGGAUGUGGUGCAUGGGGCUACAUGUGAGCUCUGUUAGAUGUUACCAGUUUAUUUUGUAUGUUCAAAUGUAUUUUUAUAUAUUUGGAUAAAAGGUAAAAGACAUUUGCACUUUGUUACUGUGUCACUGUAACCUGAAAAAUAAAUGGUUCAUAUUAAAUCUCA